AGACGACGGGAUCGAAGAGCAGAGAGUGGGACGUCUGGGGACGUUUUUCAACAGUGUCUCCGUUAUUUCCCACCGUUACAAGUGCCCUUUUAUUUACAGAGAUAUUUAGGGGAUAUAACAGCACAAACAGAUGAAGAUAUGGUGUCUUUCGCAAAAUACAGCUUGGUUCCCAUGGAUGAGCCAAAAGAGACCGAAGAUAUUACUCAGUCAAGGGUCACAGGAGCCUUUGAUUACAAUUCAGCAUUCAGCUACAAAUCAGCAUUUGACUACAGCAAACCUUCCAGUCAGUACCAGUCUGCAUUCGACUAUGGCUAUGGCCACAGGGGUCACUCAGUUUCCCUCAAUCUUGGGGAGAAGGAUAAUGAACAAAAAAAGAAAAAGUUUGCAAAUUGGAGCAUAAUGAAUUGUCUAGCAACACUAGUAACAUGGCUUAGUUACUUCUUUAUUGCCCUUACAUUCCCCAUCACUCUGUGGUUCUGUUUCAAGAAAAUAGCCCAAUGGGAACGCCUCAUUGUGUUUCGCCUCGGGAGACUACGGGGGGCACUGGGGCCUGGUUUGGUGUUCAUAAUCCCCUGGCUGGAUCAUCAUACACGAGUUGACAUGAGGACCAAAGCAUUCUCUGUGCCUCCACAACAGCUAAUUACAGCUGAUAAUGGAAUAAUAGAGAUGGGCUGUGAGGUGAAGUAUCGGAUCAGUGACGUACAACGACUGACCAUUUCAGUUACGUCUCCCGAGCAUGGCUUGCGAUCAUUCGGAAAAACAGUUAUGCUGAAUGUUCUUACCAAGAAUACUGUCAGAGAGACUGAACGAGACCGGCCCGUGAUUGCUGCACAGAUACAGAAGGAGCUCAAUUUGAGAGUUCUUGAAUGGGGUAUUGAAAUUGGAGAUGUAACAUUGAGUACUGUCAACAUUCUCAAGGAGGCAGAACCCAACAAUCCCCUUAAACCCAUCUUGAACUGCUUCGGAGGAGGAGGUGGGGAAAUCAUGGCUCCCCCGGCAUCAGCUGCUUCAGCAGCCUCGGGAAUGUUCAACAUACCUGGGCUUGGAAAUAUGGGCGAUUUCAACUUCCUCAGUGGUAUAUCAAAAAAGAAAUCAGAAGCCAUUGAUGAAGCCUCAUACAUGAGGAAUGGGCUGCAUUUCUUUACAGAUCUACUGGAUUUCUCAGACGAAAAUAGUGAGCCACCUAAGCAGCUAAACAAUCAAGUAACCAGCAGCCGAUCACCCCACUCCAAACUUGGGAAACAUCUCCAGAGUCUUAUCAAUGGUGCAGGUGGUGCCGACCUGGCCCAUGGAAUCUACAGACUCCAGGUGGAAGGAAAGGAUGGUGGAAUCUUCAUCAUUUUUGUUGGAAAUGGGGUGCGUCAAGUGGUAGAAGGAGACUUGCCAAAGGUUACCCCUGAUGUUGCAGUGACCAUAGCCAAGAGUGAUUUGAUGGCCAUUUUUGAAGGGACUCUUGCCCCUCUGCAGGCUUAUCUUUCAGGCCAUCUGACAGUCCAAGGCAACGUGCAGAUGCUUAUGGGGCUAGAGUCUCUCCGCCAGGGGGCCGGAUAACCAGAAUCUUUAUUAUCCAGGACCCUGCUUGCCAGCACUUUUAUUAUCCAGUCGAACUGCUGUUUCCUAUCGACUGUACUCUUAUCUUUUUGGAUCAUUUAAUAUUAGCAAUAUUUGUUAACUAGUCUCUAAUACGUAUUUUAAUGUAUGGGAAAUUGUAUGCAGUGUUCUCAACAAUCAAGAUUCUGGUUAUUUUUACACUAGAUGGGAUUCUGCUUACUGUAGCAUACAGUGGAUUACUGAGUUCCCUUUUAAUGACACAACCAAUAUUUUACUUGGCUCAUUAAUGGAUUUUCACAGGACAAUGACACUGAAACUACUGAGUCUUAAUCAUUUCAACUCUCCUUUGAUUGUUGACUUUUCAAGUCCUAAAUAAUGUCCUAUUUUUUAUUAGUAGGAUUUGUGAUGAAUUAGUCACCAAAAAUUGUCACAGUACCUCGAGUGUUGAGCAAUAGAAUUAUUCAACGUCAGGUUAAUAAUGUAAUGCACUUAACGGUUUUCUAUGGUGCAAACUAGUGAAAAAAAAUUGUUUUUAAUGUUGGUGUUUAUAACUCCUUGGUACAAUAAGAAAAAGAUGCUGUAGCUUGAACAGUGAUCAUAAUGUACAUAGCAUAGACGGUGGUUGUGGCUUGGACAGUGGUGAUUGUUCAGACUGUGGUGGUGAUGUACAUAGUUUGGAUGGUGGUAACAGUUCAGAUAGCAGUAUAGUUUGAAUAAUGGGAUAGCUUUAUUAGUGGGAUAAUUUGAACAGUGGAAUAGUCUUGACUGUGGAACAAUUUGGACAGUGGGACAAUUCAAACAGUGGGUCAGUUCAUAAAGUGGGGAAAGUUUGAGGAGUGGGAGUUCUAACAGUUAAUGUCCAGAAAAUACUAAAAGACUUGCAUUCUCAACAUUCAGUAUGAUUCUGUGCUGUUGUGAUAACAUAAUUGCUCAUCAUUAUCAUCAGAGGCUGUUCACAGGGUUUAAUGUCUAUAUUUUAUUAUUUUAUUAUCACACUGGCCGAUUCCCACCAAGGCAGGGUGGCCCGAAAAAGAAAAACUUUCACCAUCAUUCACUCCAUCACUGUCUUGCCAGAAGGGUGCUUUACACUACAGUUUUUAAACUGCAACAUUAAUGUCUAUAUAUGGUUUUAUUUAAUAUUAUAAUCUCUCUCUAUUUUUUUUCUAAGAUCUAAUACUGUUUAUAAGACAGAUACAUCGAACAAAAUUAUUAUAGUGCAACAUCAAUUAAUUACAAAUUUAUCUAUAACGUUUAUUUUUUACAAAUUUCAAAAUGUAGUUUCUACGAUUGAAAAUAGGCAUGAGGGAUGCUUUGGAGACUUAUAUAAGACAAAAAUAGCAAUGUAAAAGUGAAGGAGCCUUUAACACUACAUAAAAACUUGGCAAAGCCCAAACGACUAUUAACAUAUUUCUGGUCUAAGUAAUAGUGGCAUGAAAUUGACCAGUUACCGUAUUUUGAAAAUUUCCUAUUCCAAAAUCUAUUAUGGAAUGUUAAAUGUCAUUGAUAAUUCUGUCAAAAUAAGUACCCAAUAGAGUCUGCCUGUAAAUUAGUACACAGUAUUUUUUAUGAAAAGUGUCCAAUAUAUCAUCUCUCUUCCCUAUUCAAUCAUAGCCCUAUUACCUGAAGUAAUUAGUGAUCAUAAUUCGAAUAGUAUUUCAUUUGUAUCAUUAUAUGUUGCACAGAACAUGCGAACAUGAAUUACAGUAAAAUCUUGCGUUUUGUGCUCCCAUAAUUUGCUUUUUUAAUAAAUCACCGUUGAAAUUUUUUAUCAAAGUCUGUUUUGUGGGUAAAAAUUACAAGACAAACAUGCCAUAAUAUUUUGGAAAAUAAGAAUAUGUUCUCUUUUAUGGGCAAAAUCUAGUGUGAUCAAGCAGGGGUGAUGCCAUUGUUUUAGAGAGACGUAAUUUUACUCCUUGGUGUAAACGCAACUCACGCUUACUCUCUAUCAUUUGUGUAUUUUAAAUUUUUUCAUCACCCUAUCUUGUCUCUGGAUUUUAGUCAUGGCACCCAGGAUGAAUACUAGUGAUGCUGGAAGUGCCAAGAUGAAGAAUGCACAUGAAACUGUGUGUUUAGAAAAAAAUGAGUUGCUAGAUGAACUGGUACAUGUAUGCUGGAGACAGCAGAGAUGUUACAGAAAACCUGAGCACUCCAUUACAAUUAUCGACCAAAACAGGGACUACUUUGCAUCGACAUGCAGUUAAGAACCACAACCAGCCACACCAACACAAGUACCACAGCCACAGUAACCCUCUCCACACACCUUUUAUAGCUAUAUGUAUUUUAUUACUCUAUAAACCUGACUAAGCCCAGUAAGACCACUUUAAUCCUCUCCACACAUUUCCAGAUCAAUCAGCAAUGACAACUAUAAUGUAAGGUUCUGUAUUAAAAACUUUAUUUUUGA